CGGGCAUGGGUAUAGCGCGCCGUGAGUUUUGAACUGCGCUGUGCAACCGGCGCUCUUCACGCGUCGCGCGCAUUGAGCGGGCCCGACGCAGACGCGGCGCGCUCGUCGUAACGGUCCCUUCGUUUUCGGUGGCGGCGGUGUGUUGGUUCGGCGCGUGAGUUCCCGGUUUUUUGUCGUCCCCGUCAGUGCUGUAGCAACAUGCCGGUCGAAAUGUGCGCGAACGUCGUCGACGAUGACGUGACUGCUGCCGCUUCGGAGUGCUCGUCGUCGUCGUCCCCCGUGGUGCUGCUCAAGUACUCGUGUCUCUGGGAUUACAAGCUGUCGGGACGCUGCUUCUCGUGGCACGCGGGUGACACUUGCCACGAGGCCGGAAGGAAGAGCUUCCCUUUCCUCACCACGGUCCGGCACCAGCUGGUGGAACCCCUGGACUACGAGCAGUUCGUGUCCAAGAACAAGACCAUCCUGCACAAUGACCCCCAGCGGGAGAUGCUCUUCUUUCCCCCGGACGACAUUUCGCAAGCCGUCAUACCCCGUGCCAUCCGUACCACAGUGCCAACAAUACCUGCCAAUGUGCGCUUCCACUGCCUGCCCUUGUUCGUGCGCCAGUGCAUCAAAACCUACACGGCUGACUGGCACAAAGUCCUGUACAAGUCGAGCGUCUAUUCGGGAACGUACAAAGAGCUGCUCAGUCGAAUACCAAGGCCUACGGACCUGCAGGACCAGGUGUAUGAGGUUGACACAGAGACCGAGGUUAAGGACUCGGAGAGCAAUCUCAAGGGUGACUCUGAGGUCAUUAAGGAAGGCUACAUACUCAAGGGGCCAGAAUCCGGCACUGACAGCUUCAUUAGCUUGGCAACAAAGUCAUUCAAAAGAAGAUACAUGACACUAACACGAGGAGUGGAUGGUAGCCACUCGCUCGAGUUCUACAAGGAUGACAAAAAGACGGAAUCGAAAGGCACCAUCUGCAUGGACUUUUGUAGCAAAGUGGUCAGGAAUUCCAAGCGGAGUAAGCUGAGCUUCGAGUUGCGCAUGCAAGAUGGCCACAAGUCAUGUGUGCUGGCGGCUGAGAGCGAGAUCGAGAUGGAUGGCUGGAUGGCCAUGCUUGUGGCCAUCACCACCAACUACCGCAAUGCCCAGGAAUGCAGCAAAAAGGCUGCGGCUACCGUCGUCUCAUCACCUGAAGAAAAUGUGGUGACGUCACCCUCAUCACCCUAUGGCUAUGGAACAUUGAAAAGCUUGGAGCACAGCAAGAACCCAGACUUGGUGAAGUACGCUAAGGAAACGGACUACUCCAUAUCCCAAGCACGUAAACAGAAUAGGCAGAACCUGUUCUCUAUUUAUCCAGACUUGCAGAGAUCAAGCAGCUGCAUGCACAUAUCCAACUAUGAGCGACGUGUGGAGCCCUUCAAGGAAGAGUUCAACACUCGUAUGUUCGUGAAGUGCGAAGAGGUCAAAUUUAAUCUGCAGGCACCUCUGGACUGCCAGAAUGGAUCCCUCUGCCAGGUUGAACCCUACUUUACUACCAUGGCUGUCUACGAUGUCCGUCACAUGCGCAAGGUGACAGAGGAUUUUCGCUUCGACGUCAACAACUCGUACAUGCGCAACAUGCUGCCAAAGACGACGCGAAGAAAAAGUACCAGCGGCUCGGCUCCCAAUGGGACCGCAGGCACUCAGCUGAACGAUGCGUUGAUACCUGGAAUGAGCGAGCUCGGAGAGGAAUGGCUAGCAUUUCCACAACAGGCUGUCUUCAUGGUUCAGCGUCCGGACUCUGAGCUGUUCCUGGUGGUGCGGGUGGAGAAGGUACUGCAGGGAAGCAUAGCGCAGGCCUCGGAACCUUACCUCCGGCACAGCAGUGAUGGCCGCCAAGGGACCAAGGCCCAGAAGAUGUUUCGCCUGUGCUGCCAGCGGCUGGACCAUUUCCGCAUGCCCUUUGCGUGGGCCGCCAAUGCUGUUUUCCGUCAUUCCAAUGAGUUGGACAAGUUCAUGGAGUUUGGGCAGAUCUACCGGCAGGAUAGUGCCAAACUCUCUGAAGAAGACACACUGAAGUUCCUCUGCGACCUCAAGAGGCCAGAGAAAGUGAAACAUUUCACAGUGAUUCCAGGGCACAUCAAGGUUUCGCUGAGGCUAUUGAGACCUGAUGAGACUGUUGACAACUCCCUGACAACGUCUCUGGUUCCUGUAGUGCCAUUCCCGAUGCCUCCCAAGCCCAGGGAAGGCCCCACACUCGAAGUGCAGCAGUUCCCUACGGACGUGGCAGCCGACAGUCAUCCAUUCUUUUCUUACCUCAACCACCUGUAUGUUUACCCCAAGAGCCUUAAGUACGACAGCCAGAAGGCAUUCGCCAAGGCAAGAAACAUAUCGUGCUGUGUGGAGCUCAGGGACAGGGAUGAUGAAGGGACAAAGCCACUGAAGUGCAUCUAUGGUCGACCAGGGGAGCCCAUUUUCGUCUCGCAGUCAUACACGGCUGUGACACAUCAUUGUGUCACACCCGACUUUUAUGAGGAGGUGAAGGUUGUGCUCCCUGUGGAAUUGCACGAACAACACCAUCUUCUUUUUACCUUCUACCACGUGAGCUGCGACAUUGCCAAGGGCGCCAAACGCAAGGAAGGUCCUAUUGAGAGCAUUGUUGGCUAUUCCUGGCUACCUCUAUUCAACAAGGGAAGGCUAAAUAUUGAGGAAGACAUGCUUCCAGUUGCUGCCAAUUUGCCACCUGGAUACCUUUCGUACAAGCCUCUUGGCCUUGGCAAAGGAUUUUGCGGACCUGACGUACGGCUCGUGGAAAGCGGCCGGGAGCUGUUCAAAGUUGGCUUCAGGCUUGUCUCCACUGUACACACAAAGGACCAGCACCUGCACAAUUUCUUUGUGCACUGUCAAAAGCUUCUGGAGACGAAGGUUUUGGGCCCUGAUACUGAGACUAGUACACUUCUGAAGGAACAGGCACUCCCUUCAAUGGGCACUGAAGCUGAGCGGGAAAUCUCAAAGGUUGUCAAGGCACUGCAUGCUGUGGAGGGCAGCGCCAUGAUCCACUUCCUGCCAACCACACUGAACCAGCUUUUGAAGCUCCUUGUGAGCACAGGCAGCGAGGAAGUUGCACUGAACACGGUGCGGGUGCUCAUCCACUUGGUGACCUGUGUACACGAGGCUGGCCGGGAGGACAUUCUGCACAGCUAUGUCCAGUACAUGUUUGUGACUGAGCCUCCGCAAGGCUCACAGCAGACGACGGUGCAUGAGGAGUUGACAAAGGCCCUCUCAUCACUGCUGGGUCCGGAUAAUGCUGACUUCCUGGUGGUGCACAAGUUUCUGCACCAAUCAUGGUUCUUCUUCCAGAUCCUUGCAAAGUCAAUGGCUCAACAUCUGAUGAACACGGACCGAAUCAAGAUGCAGCGUCACGAGCGCUUCUCCAAGGAGUACCACAACCGGGUGCGUACGCUGGUGCAGUGCCUGAUUCCGCACAUCAUGCAGAAGCACAGGGACCAGCGUAACGAGACGAGGCAUGCCAACCAGGGGCUGGCUCAUUUCCUGAAGAAAUGCUUUUCCCUGAUGGACCGUGGCUUUGUGUUCAAGCUCAUCAACCUGUAUUUGGAGAAGUUCAAGUCUGGUGAUGAAAUGGAACUUCAUUGCUACAAGUUUGACUUUCUGGAAAUUAUCUGCUCACAUGAACAUUUCAUUGCACUGAACUUACCUUCCUUGAAAGGCGCUUACAGCCGAGGACACUCAAAGAAUUCUAAAGACUACGAGAUGGAGUACCGGCUGUCGGAAGAGUUCUGUCGUAGCCACUUCCUGGUGGGUGCGCUUCUGCUGGAGCUGCGGGCAGCACUCAGUGAAGUGCAGAAAGUUCGACAGAGAGCCAUCAGUGUUGUCUGCAACCUGCUUGCGAAGCAUGCCUUUGACGACCGUUACCAGGGCAAGGCCCAGCAAGCUCGACUCGCAUCACUCUACCUGCCCCUCAUCUCCGUGCUUCUGGCCAACAUCAACCGUUUCAGCAGCAGCACAGAACAGCAGCAGCAGCAGCAGCCAUCCUCUGCCGCUCCGAGUGCAACAAGCACAAUGGCAUCUGGCACAUCACCGUCUCGUAAGAUGAGCAAGGCAGAUAGUCUGAACCACGCGGCUGCAGUCGCUGAGGACCCAGGCACACCACAGAGCGUGACGUCGUACCGCAACAGCGUGGCCCUCGACGGGCCGGCUUCUUUGCCGGGCUCUGGCCGCCACAACCGGGAUUCUAACUACUUAUCCAUCAUUGCUGGCCAAGCCUCCUCACCGCUUCCUCUAAUGAAGAGGACAGCUUGGCUAAAAUGGCGCCUGUCGCAUUCCUCAAGUACCCCACUUCCACACAUGGGAGUCACAUUUGCCACCAAUGGCUCCUGCACGUCGCUGGAAAGCGAAUCAUCCACGCCAUCCAGUUCGUCUGCCAAGGAAAUUGACGCACCCGUCCGUAAUGGCGACGUUGGAUCGGCGCAGUGUUUCACGCGGGACGGAAGCCUUGUGAGCAAAGGUCAUGCUAGGUCGCAGUCUUUGCCAUUUGCAAGCCCCACAGGCAUUGUUAGGUACGACAAGUUCGAGCCCUCUGAAAUCAAGGACCUCUUGGUCUGUUUUCUCUACCUCAUCAAGCAGCUGAACGAAGACCUACUGAUUGGCUGGUGGCAGCAAUGCAGAGACUGUGAUUUACUUGACUUCUUUCACCUCCUGGAGCUCUGUUUGCAUCAGUUCAGAUACAUGGGAAAGAAGCACAUCCUCAAAGGACGGAAUCAGCAGUCCUCAAGUGCACAGGCCAAGGCGAUGACUUUGCCUGCGAGGACGGCUCCGCCUACAUUCACUCAACGAUGCAACAGCACCUACAGUGAGAAUGCAGCCAUGGAGAACGGCAGUGAGGUCGACGGGGACAGCUUCUACCGAGCGCUGCUAGAGGCGAACAUGGCCACCGAGGUUGGCCUCAUCACCCUCGAUGUCCUGGGACUGUACUGCGGGCGCUUCAAGGACUCGCUGCUGUUCAACGACGGUGACAACCCGACCAUGCGGCGCCUUUUCGACAUCUACCUCUCAUUCCUCGAAGUGGGCCAGUCUGAGAACUUGCUGCGACACCUCUUUGCAGCCCUGCGAGCUUUCAUCAACAAGUUUCCUGUUGCUCUCUUCCAAGGCGAUGCCUUCCUUUGUGGAAAGUUGUGCUUUGAGCUCCUCCGCUGCUGCAACUCAAAGUUGUCGACUGUUCGCAAUGAAGCGUGUGCCCUGCUGUACCUGCUGAUGCGAAGCAACUUUGAGUUCACCCGAAGGCAGGGACUCACCAGGGUGCACCUACAGUUGAUAGUUUCUGUUUCAAGAUUACUGGGUGAAGUGAUUGGGCUGAACACAGCGAGGUUCCAGGAGAGCCUGUCCAUUAUCAACAAUUAUGCAUCUGGUGACAAAGCCAUGCAAAGAACAGUAUUCCCGAGCGAGGUCAAGGAGCUGACCAAGAAGAUAAGGACGGUGCUCAUGGCGACGACACAGAUGCGUGAACAUGAGAAUGAUCCCGAGAUGCUGGUGGACUUGCAGCACAGUUUGGCCAACAGCUAUUCAGCUACACCAGCCCUACGCAAGACCUGGCUCGAGAGCAUGGCAGCCUACCACCUCAAGAAUGGCAGCUACACCGAGGCAGCACAAUGCUACAUUCACGUGGCUGCAUUGGAGGCCGAGUACCUGAGACACAAAGAGGUGUUCCCUGAGGGCUGCUUGGCCUUUAAAAACGCAUCGCCAAAUGUGGUGCGCGACGAGUCGCACAUCCGAGAAGACGCUGCAGCCACGGCUGGGCAACAGCAAGACUUCCAGCAGACGGAAGAGUCCUUGGUUGAACGGCUGGAGCAGUGUGUCGAGACUCUUCAGCUGGCCGAGCGCUACGAAGCAAUGGCUGACAUAUAUCGGCUGUUGGUGCCCAUCUACGAGCGGCGACGCAACUAUGCUGCUCUCGCACGCUGCUACAAGACUCUGCACCAGGGCUACAACAAGAUCCUCGAAGUCAACUGCACGGGGAAACGCCUCCUGGGCACUUAUUACCGCGUCGUCUUCUUCGGAAAGGCCUACUUUGGAGACGAAUCUGACAAGGAGUACAUUUACAAGGAGCCCAAGGUCACAUCGCUUCCUGAAAUCUCUGAGCGUCUGCAUCGCAUGUUUUGUGAGAAAUUCGGCAAGGACUCUGUCAAGAUGAUCAUGGACUCCAAUCAGGUGAACCCUAGUGACCUGGACCCCAAGUACGUGUACAUUCAGGUGACGCACGUGGUGCCUUACUUCACCGAGAUGGAGCUGAUGCAGCGCCAGACGGAGUUUGAGCGGCACAAUAACAUCUCGGAGUUCAUGUACGAGACACCCUUCACCCUGGACGGCUCCAAGGCGCGGGGGGCCCCGGAUGAGCAGUGCAAGCGACGCACUAUCCUCACCACCAGCUACUGCUUCCCGUACGUAAAGAAACGGAUCCCGGUGACAAGCCGCAGGACCAAGGACCUCAAUCCAAUCGAGGUGGCCAUUGACGAGAUGCAGACACGUGUCGCCGAGUUGGACGAGGUGGUCCAUCGCAAACCAUCUGACCUCAAGAAGCUCCAACUCAAGCUUCAGGGCAGCAUUGGUGUCCAGGUGAAUGCUGGCCCUCUUGCCUAUGCAAAUGCUUUCUUGGAUGAGAGCAAAUCCCACUUGUACCCCGAGGAAGAGGUCAAUGAGCUGAGGGAGACAUUUAGGCAAUUCCUCAACAUUUGCCAGCAGGCCUUGGACCUAAAUGGCAAGCUGAUCCCACCUGAACAAUGCGAGUACCACAAUGCCCUUAAGAAAAACCUUGUUGACAUGGCCAGCCAGCUCUCGGAAAUAAUGAAAGAGAAACUGGUCUCUGAUCAUCGUUCAUCGGUUGCUAUGAAGAGGAUGUCCCUCGAAGUAUUCAACUUCAUCAGCGGCUCUCCGGGCUCCAGCAACGUUUAGACCUAUUUCAGGAUUGCUUCUCGUCUUUUUUUUCCACCGAUCAAAGCCUCUUCAUUGCCGCUUGUUAGAAUUUUAUUGACCCAUCUCACAUUCAUGUCCACCUUGCAUUCUCAUUUUGUCAUUGGAAGAAGAUUGAGUGUUUUUUCUUCCACUUUCAUCUACUUCCCAGUUCUUCACAGUGAUUGCACAAAUGUGGAGUAAGGUGUGGACCUUGCAGUCUACUACUUCUUGUUUAUAGAAAUUAUGUAAAUAAUAGAAGACAUAGAUUUCUUUCUCUCUAUCACUGAACUUAAGGUCAUGGCUUAUGUAGUAGGCAUAGAGUGAUGCACCAAUGUGCUGUGCUUAUGCAGAAUUUGAGACUUUAAGUGUAGUAGGUCAACAAAGUGCCUUUCUAAUAGAGUGUGUAGAGAACAGCAGUAUAGUUGUGUUUAGGUGAGAGGGUUUCUUGAAAAAAAAGAAUGGUGCGAAACGUAGGCAGGUUAUUCAUAUGCGAGUUGGCAUCAGUUUGUACAGAAAAAUACUUGGAACAAUCUGUAAAUAAUACCAGCACACUUAUGUGGCGCUGGAACUGAAGGGUUUUCGCUGUUGUUUUUUCGUGUUGGACGAAGGGAACGCCAUUGUUCACCUGCUGUCUUGUGCAAAACCUGUUUGUACCUGCCAUUGUCGUGAUGAUGUUAAAGCAAAAAGUUUGUCUCAUAUAGGCUGAACACUUAGGACACUUUAUCAAGCAGUGCCAAAUGCAGUAUUGGCACAUUUCACCGGGUUACUGUUUAUAGAUGUUACGUACUGUGGUUUACCGUGUGGAAUACUGUAAAAUAUAUCUCGGAUACUGUAGCUGACGGCUUAAUUUUAAGCACUUACUCUUCACCCUGCAGUGCAACUAUUAUGCAACAUGAAAGCUUGAGUCAUCACUUUCUUGUUAGCAAAGAUGCUUUUCCGCCCAGCGCUCUUAUCGUUUUGUAUCAUUAUCUGAUCUUACUUUGUGCGUUAGCUGUUUAGCGGUUUAGCCAGUGAAGAAAAUGCACCAUGUCUUAAUUACCAUUCUUGCAAUAUGCCACGUCUUCAUUUACAGCACAGGCCAGAAUGUGCUGUAAAGGUUUUUCUUUUUUUAAUACUUGAGGCGACAUAGAUGUGUCAUGUAGUGUAUGUCAUUAUGUUGACCUUAUGUGUAAGAGGCAAGUAAUCUUUCGUUUGUUGCUUAUGGUCAAGUUUUUUUUACAGCUGCAGCUUCAGUGUUGACAAUUGCUUCAAUUUUUUUCGCUAGUCAAUUGAGAGAAAGAAGACUAUUAUGUAUGCAGAUUUGUGUGUAUAGUUCGUAUUCUAUUUCUGUUAAGACACCUGUGGGUGUUUUUUGAUUUUGUAAAGGAACAGAUAGGAAAGGAAAUCAAUGGUAGAAUAGGUCGCAGCAUAAACGCAGUGCUUUGCCAUUGGCUGGGCUUUUAAUGCCUUUAACCCUCCAUUAUUUAUUCAUAGUUCAUGCUUGCGGCUUGCUUCACACAAACUGUUUAUACGUAUUUGGAAUGUCUAUGGCUGUUAGAGAUGUGUAUUAUUUCUCACUUUUGUACAUAGCCAUGUGUCAUCUUUUACUUUCACCUAUGUGUUGGUAUUUCUUUGUAGUGUUUGCUGAAGAUUAAAAAAAAAAAACUUUUGCUUCCACCAAAAACUGCUCGCCAUUGUGUUGGUGUGCAAGAACUUAGGGUGUUUUAGACCUCGGUAACAGACGUAAAUGAAAUUUUAACUUGUGUAAUUGUUUGACUGCUCUUUCUCGGACAGCCAUCAAUGUGCCGAAAAGAAAUUGUGUUCUCAAUGACCAGUGUUUUAGCCUAAAAACUGAAUACCUUAGCAUUAAUUUGCUCCUUUCAUAUUUGGCAGCAAUCUUGUGGAGAUGUUCUUUACGCGCCUUUUACGUGCGAAUCAGAUGCCAAUUUUUCUUUUCCAGUUUUUGAAAGCAUUUCUUAUGUGCAUUCCUUUGAAGAAUAGCCUUGUGAUGUUAGACUGUGUGCACUUUUAUUUGAGAUCGACUGGUGCUAAGCUUCACAUAGCUGUAAUUAUGUCUACAUUUCUGUAUAUUUUGCCCAUUCUUCUUUCCUUGUUUAAAAAUGCUCAGUGGUGUGAUGUGCAGCCGUCAUUACUGCGCAAUGCUUGCCAUGUGUGAGUUGGUGGGAGUGGAUGGGGGGACAAGCAGAUUGUGAUGCUGACUGCCAAUGUAUGUCAUGUGAAAGGCUUAAGUUGUGCGGUAACUUAUGUAUGUUUGUAUACUGCCCCACUGUCACUUUUAGCCAAGUCAUUGUACAGAUACAUUAAAACAAAUUGAAGUUUUAAGCCGUCACCUA